UGGCCAGCCAAUUCUCUUGACAAUUGGACCGUUGCUCGUUGCAGCUUGGAUCUUGAACCGUGGGCCUUGGACCUUGGACCUCUCUUCGGCGUUCCCUCACUCCACACUCCACUCUCCACGCCCAUCUGCUACUUUGAUUCCUUUCCACCACCGACGUCUCCUGUUCUCUUUCAUUUCCUCUCUUGUCCUUUCCCACACAUCCAUGAGGCACUGACCUCGUCCCUUAUCCUUUCUCCUCCUCUCCUCCUCCAUCUCUGGACAAAUAGAUACAUCACCUUUUCCUCGAGUAUCUCUUUGCUCUUCUCGACUUCUCCCACCUGACCCCCAACCAACCUGCAUCUCUAACAGAGCCCGAGCCUCAUCCCUGUUCCCUCGACACCAGGCCUACCUUUCUCUGCAACGUUAAACCGACAUUCGUUUUGCAGAACGUUCUGGAUAACGUUCCUGCCUUGGGUCCUUGAUUGCAGUCGUCAAUCUUUCGUCUGAUAGAAAGGUGAGCCAGCUUCCCUGGAUCUCCCCCGAGAUUCGCUUGCAAAGCACACAAGCACCCCUGCCCACCUUGAGUCUGGAGGCCAAAGUCGAGUCCAACGUCACCACCAUGGUCCGCUACCAUCCCAACGAUACCUCGAACAAGUCGUAACGACACAGCACAUGGUCAUGUGAUGACGCUGCUGAACCAUGAAAGAGGUGGAAACUGGCUUGCCAUUGUGUCGUCGGCCCACCGUACCUCCCUGGUUCAGGGUCAAGGCUGCACUUUUGCCCUGUGCAAUCGAAGAAGAGCGAGUCGUUUUAGGGGACACUGUCGACCAUUAUUCCACACGAACAAACACACCUUGGACAUACAAACAGCUGGCCAUUGGUCACUGCCAGAUGAUUGUCACCCCCUUGGUCGACGCCCUGACUCACAUUAUCAAUGCUUGAAUGCUGUUGCCGUUUGCCUAUUGUCAAAAUCUCGACAAUUCGUCAUGGUCUUGGAGCAUCUUGUGUACUAAUACAAGUCAUACAGAUUCACGACAUUCUUCCUGAUCCAAGUCAUAUCCCGGACGGUCAAAGGCUCCAGGGUCGACAUUCCAUACUCGAGUUCCAAGCUCAGCAAAGCGGAGGCGUUCAUUCGACCUACGCAUUACCUACGCACGAGCAUUUCAGAGUUCAUAUGCUCAUUCCGAUCCUUGACUUAGUCCAGCAUUCGUGCUGAUCCCUAGUAACGAGGGUCGCGAAAUCCGUCUUCUCAUCAUCCUCCCUUCCUAGCCUUCCGGCCUAGAAAAUUACUCACUCUAUCCUUGGUUCACCUGGCCACCUCCAGUCUCGCACAACGAUACACUGUGCAACCAUUCACUCUUUUUUCUGAAAUUAAAACGACUGUCACUCACUUAUUUUCGUCGUGAAUUGUACCUCUCCCGAGGCUUGACUUUUCUUCACCUUUAGCACCACACCUUUGAUCUACUCCCGAGUCUCCAUCAAGUCCUCUCAAUAUGGCUUUCAACAGAAUGUCGUCAUUUGGUUCCAACGAUAGUGGUUACGAGAGCGGCAGUGUCGUCGAGAUCUUCGACGAGCCCACGCAAGCAGCCAUGAACAAAGCAUCUCAGGCGAAAGAGCGUGCCAGGCACCAACAGCACCUCCUCGCCUCAGAGCUUUCUCAGCGGGACUCUGACGAUUAUCAGCAAGACAUGUUGGAGCACAUGCUGAAGAUGGAUCUUGAGACCAUGCCUGACGUCGAUUCUAUUGACAUCCAAACCGAAAUUCAGUGGUUCAUGAGACCCUACCUCCUAGAUUUCUUGGUCGAGGCCCACUCAGCAUUUCAACUCUUGCCCGAAACCUUGUUCUUGACUGUCAACCUUUUGGAUCGAUACUGCUCAAAGCGGGUCGUCUACAAGCGUCACUACCAGUUAGUGGGAUGUGCUGCACUACUCAUUGCUGCCAAGUAUGGGGACAAGAAAGAGAAGGUUCCAACCAUCAAAGAAUUGAAGUCAAUGUGCUGUUCCCUGUAUGACGACGACAUGUUCUUGCAGAUGGAGUGGCACGUCCUCUCGACCUUGGGUUGGGCCAUUGGUCACCCUACUGUCGACUCCUUCAUGCGCCUUGCCGUCAAAGACAACGUUUACGAUCCCGAGCUCGAGAAUCUGACUCUUUACAUCCUGGAGAUCGCCAUGUACGACCGUGAAUUUGUCUCGAAGCGUUCCUCGGUCCUGUCUCUAUCCGCUCUCGUUCUUGCCCGACACAUCCUUUGCCGCAACCAACCUCGAGCUGACGAAUUUGGUUCUCAGUUCUGCAGCGAGACUGUAAUGGCCCUCCUCCAGAAGGUCCACGACCCUUCUAGCAUUCUCUCCCGAAAGUAUGCAGGAGCUAGGUACUCGAGCGUCACUCGGACCUUGAGCACCUUCGUUGCCCAGAAAGCCGCCAUGUCUGCCGCUGCUCGAGCCCCGAUGACACCAACCUAUGAGCUCACCCCUCCUUCAGUCGCUGCCAAACCUGCGGUGAACGAAUACUUCCCCACGUUCGCGACGCCUCAGAAAUCACAACUGCCAUCGCUUACCCAACACGGGCUCUACACUCCACCAAUCACUCCCGAGGGUGAAAUGUUCGGAACCACCCAGAAAACCUUCAACGCACCUAACCAAUACGCUCCUCCUACACCUACACCCAACACCAUUCAACAGUCAUAUGUCCCUCAGUUUUCGUCAUCGACACAUCGAUGGAGUGGUGAAACCUAUUGAAGCAGGUAAAGGAACCUGGUCACGGACCGCAAUAUAGAAUGUUGAUCAUCCUAUCUCGGGUGUCGUCCUGGGUUGCCAGCACAGAUUUUCCCAUCUUACACAUUGUCCCACGUGGACCAUUUUUGCAUCGCAAGCGUCUCGUUCAGCAUUGACCUUGAGAAAUCUCAAGGCAGCACAUCUGCAAGCUUAAAUUAAUUCCUGGCUGGGGAUGAUUUCAAAAGUUGGAGAUUCCCAAGGGUAUUUUCAUUCAUCCCACAGAGAGGAAAUCAUCAGUAAUGGUGUGCCUCGGACGGUCUCACCAUGAUCUGAAGAGGCUAUAGAGCUGACUGCGAUGGAUUUCCCAUCGCAUGGUAGAAAUGGAAACGUAUUUCCAAUUGCUAUCCCUCCCGGAACACAAAGUCCUCACUUUUUUCUACGGUGCUACGGCUUGAAGGGUCAGGAGCAAAGUUGAUGCUGGCUCUUAAUACACACACCAACCCAAAAAAUAAAACCCUCCCACUGGCUGAUGUUUGGUUGUCUCAUGUACAGAUUGGUAAAAAAAGACUGGCGACUCGAAAGUCGCAGGGAGACAUUUGCAGAGACUGCCAUGGCAGGAAGGGUGCUAACAUUGUCGAAACAAAGGCGAUUGACUGGCCUCUUCUACCACAUUUUUGUCUCAGCAAACCAAGCACAGAGAGAAGGGGGCUCCCUUGUAACUUGAAUGUACUCGUAUCCUGAACUAGUUCUUUGGACCCAACCCCCCCAUCUUGUGUUGAACAACUGUCUCUCAGGGACGAGUCAGCCCAACACAGAUGAGAGAAAUUGGCAGCAAAAUGGCGUCCUGGUAACGCUAUCGUCGACGAACAAACAAUAACUGUUUCUGUCCCUCUUUCCGUGUUUGUUUUCGGUAAUGAAUUUCACUUGAUUUGCAGUUUGUCUUUUC